GCACGCACGUUAGUUCUGUCAAUUAUAUCCGGAUUGGGCGCAAGAUUAGCGUACGAACUAGGAUCAGUCAGCGACCAACCACGGCUGCAACUGCAUUGGUUGCCGGUGCAGCGGACGUUGUCGCGAGUGCGGUGACGAAAUCUGCGAUGCAAAUAACGCGUUGCAUAAUUAUCAUGUGUGAAAAUAUAUCAAGCAGUGUUUUCGUGUUAUAAACGACCUUGCGAAAGCGAAAAUUAUUAAGAUGUUGAAAGGCCGAAGCAGGGAUCCAAGAACGGCCGUUCCAGUAACACCUACCCUCGGACUGCGUGCUCAUGGCAAAGUGCCGCUAGCGAGACCAGAACCAGAUUAUGAAGUAGUAGAGUUUCCUUCAGAGCAAUAUGUUAACGCAAAGUUACAGCCACCCCCUCCACCGCCGCCCAGACCUCCAACUGCAGGUCACCCCAUGGAAGCCGGUGCGUCUUGUGGAUUAUGCGGAGGUGGAGGAGCCAGGGUGCGGUGUGCCGAAUGUGGUCGGAGGGCAUUGUGUGCCUCCUGCGAUGACAUGUACCAUCGACAUCCGAAACGGCGACAUCAUCAGCGUCAGGCUCUACGACCAACACAACUAAGGGAUGAGAGACCACCUCUUCCACCGAAAGGGACGCCACCAGUACCUCCACCACGAAGACAUAAGGUAUGCGGCGAACGAUCAGCACCCAGUCCUCUAUUGGAUCAAAGAAGGACGAUGUCAAAUAUAAGCUCAAACAAUCAAAUAAACCAUUCUUCUACUCUUCCACACAGCAACCAUUUCGCUGUUCAGCGACAAAUGUUAUCUCAACAACCUGGAACGAACAUAGGCCAACAUGUUGGCAGCAUGCCGUAUUUGCCUGGACCAAUGCACCAUGCGGCUCCAGGCAUUUCUCACCAGGAUCCAUUGGGACAGUUUUCUUCAUGGGGACGGCCACGCAACUCAUUAACUGGUUACAAUAUGCCUUCUCAAAAUGCUAUUCAAAAUCCUCAGAUAGACCACGGUGAAAACCAUGAAAAUAUUCACGCACAAAACUGGGGACGACCUUUAAGACGUGGAACAUCCGUAAUGGACUUAGGAGGCCCACCGUGCGCCGGCUGCACUCACUGUGCUCCGAAUCCAUGGCGGUAUGGCAGUUGUGCGAAUCUGGAUCAUGGCUGGAACGGGCAAGGGCAAUGGGCACAGCCAUGUUGCUCACAUCCAGGGCUAAACAACCCAGGCUUGCAUCAUCAUUCUCAUAUCCCACCACCACAGACACCACAGCCUUAUCGAAGAGCGGAUACCCGAUCAAUGUCACGAGCAACUUCUAGAGGUGGUUCCCGUGCGCCAUCACCAGCGCUUAGCAUGAGGUCAAGAGUGUCAAGACGUACUAAACCCAGAACGCCAUCUCCAUCACUACCUUCAAGUGAUGCUGACUCAGAGAGUGAGCCAGAAAGUGACAGUCAUGCAAUUGCUGAAAAGGAUGAUAGUGAUCUUGGUCCAGCGCCAUCUCCUCCAAAUGCAAGUUGGCAAUGUGAACACUGCACCUUCGUUAAUGAGCCUGGCGUAAGAGUAUGCACUGUAUGCUGUCGCACUCCAACAACUGUCCCAAAAGUAGUGGAAAAUGUAAAUAAUAAUAUGGCUAAGUUGUCGGUAACUGGUGAUAAUAAAUCACCACAAAGUCAGCAAUCAUCGAGACAAGCUGUUCAACGUAAUCGGGCAGUUGACAACAAGGCGAAAAAGGAACGUGUUUCCACGGGAUGUGGACAGUCACCACCAAAGCAAGGCGCAGUUUUGAAUAAAAUAACAACCCGGCUUGAAACACCAACAAGAGAACAAAGUAUAGUAAAUUCUCGUCACGAUAAAGGAGUUGGAUCGUCUCCACCUAAAGAUAAUCGUGAUGUCAACAUUGUCAAACCUUCUAUUGUUAUCGAAAUACCCUCAAAAUUAAGUUCAGCUAUACAACCAAUAAAGCACAGUGUCUCGGUUGGUCCAUCUCCUCCAAGGCAAAGUCCAGUAUCUACAUCGAGGCAAAGAGAACGGGAACCAAGCAUUCAAAAAAAGUCCGCUGGGGAACCAACUCCACAGCAAGAAAUUAUUGAGAAACGACCUGAUUCAAGAUCUAGUAGGACAAACGUUUCAACCACUGGGACAUCACCGCCCCCACAAAGUAUUUCAACUCAAACCUACGAUGUGCCAAAUAAUUGGGAAAGGCCACCAUCACGAUCCCGCCGACGCUUCAAAGAUGAGAGUAGACGGGAGCGAUCCCAAAGUAGGCAUUCACUGUCUAGCGAUACCCGUGAGAGCGAAAGAAGUAUUAGAACUACUGGUGGUAGAUGGGAGUGGAAAGAACCUCGUGAUAGUAGCCCUGGUAACGCAGAUUGGAGUGAAAACGAGCGCAAAAGAACAAGUCGACUUACUCGGAGAGCAUCUCAUUUGGACUUACGGCGUAAUCGUCCUUCUAGAAGAUCGAGUGUGUAUGGAUCAGAGGCGCCAUCACCCGAACCGUUGUCUAACAACCGAGCAAUCUCUUUAGAAGCAUUAGCUGGUGCCAAUUCACGACGAGAUGCUGAAAGAGGCUUAGAGCUUGCUAGACUUAUGAGUGAGGCAGAAAGGCUUGGAUUUAGCGCAGCAGAAGUACAUGCAGCGUUGGCUCAGAAUCCAGUUGCACCCCUGGCGUGGUUAAAGGAAAGAUGGCCAAGCUUGUGUGCUGGAGUGAGAGCGGCUGCUGCUCGACUUGCUUCUGGAAUAAAUGUAACCGAGCUUGAAGCUCGUGCAGCUUUGGCGAAACAUAGAGGAGCCAUGUGGCCAGCUGUAACCGAGUGUGUUGAAAGGCAUCGACGACAGCCAAGAGACUUCAGAUACGGGGAUGAGGGUAAAUUACGAGGCCACGUUUGGGGAUCCCCGAUAGGGGCAGACGAUGAAGCAGCACCUCCCUCGAUUAGUCGGUCGCACCGCACUCGCGGUAAUGAAAUAGCAAAAAACAAAUAG